AUGCCCCUGCUGUCUGAGGAUGACAAGUCGCUGGACACCGUCGCCGACUACCGCAACACCCACACGCGAUGGCAGCGCCUCUGCUGCGUCGUCGACCGCUGGUUUAUCACGGGUUUUACUCCCGCCUACUUCACCCUGGUGAUGGGGACGGGGAUCUCGCUGAACAUCAUGUAUAACUUCCCCUGGCCAGCGCACUGGCUUAGGGUGUGUGCGUGUAUCAUGUUUGGCGUGGCGAUGUUCUUCUUUUGCUGGCUUACGGUGUUUUUGGUGGUGGCGACGGUGAAGCGCCCCGAGCGCCGCAUCGCCUUCACCUGGGACCCCGACGUGGCACCGUAUAUGGGGUGUAUGGCCAUGGGCUACAUGACUCUUGUCAAUUUCAUCUAUUAUCUUGCAAAGCCGCACCACCGCCUCACGCUGGUGGGGAUAUUUGUGCUUUGGUGGAUCCUGGUGGCGCUCAGCGUCUACACCGGCGUCAUCGUGUUUUUCUUUUGCUAUAUCGGUAAGAACAAGCACGCCCACAAACUCAAACACCAGGACCUCCAUUUGUCCAUCUUAUUGCCCAUCGUCACCAUCACCGUCGCUCUGUCCCAGGGGAAUAUCUUUUUACUAGACCUCCCCCGAGUCAAUUUACAGGUGCUUACAUUUAUCGUUACUUUCCUCCUUUGGGCUGUGGCCGUGGGAGUAGCGUUUAUGAUCACGACCAUCAACUUGUCGCGCCUAUUCAUCCACAAACUGCCGCCUACAUCGUUAGUAUUCACGCUGUUUUUACCCGUGGGCUUUCUCGGCCAGGGCGGCUACGGCGUCGCCCUCAUGGGCUACAAUUUGCAUCAUCUCAUCAUGGGCCUGUCUUCGGACAUGCACGAAAAAUACAUGGCGUUUAUGGCGCUGCUGGAAAACAUGGCCGUGGUCAAGGAGAUUGUGGCCACGGUAUUCAUUGUCGUGUUCUCGAUGGUCGACACUGUCCUCUUAGGGCUCGGCUACUUCUUCACUGCGAUCGCCGUGUUCUCGUGUGUGGCGAAACUGAAACCAUUUGCUAAGACACCUAACCCCGAGCACGUACACUCCCGCUACGGGUUUGUCUACUUCUCCCGGACAUUCUGGGCCAUGACGUUCCCCCUCGGGACGAUGAGUCUCGCCCAGUCCCAAUUGGAAAAGAACUUUGGCCCCGGACUCAUGUUCUUCAAAGCCAUGGGCGCCAUCUACGCGGUGGUGCUUUUUGUCAUCACCAUCGGCUGUGUCAUCGGCGUGUUCUGCUAUGUGUUUGACGCCCUCCGUUACAUCAUGGUGCCUCGUCCCAAGCACGACAUCGUGUGA